CGGCGGUGUUCUCCACAAUCCUUUGCGGUGGUUCAAAAUGGCGGCGCCCAGUGGCACAGUGAGCGAUUCGGAAAGUAGUAACAGCAGUAGCGAUGCGGAGGAGCUGGAGCGGUGCCGCGAGGCGGCAAUGCCGGCCUGGGGCUUGGAGCAACGCCCGCACGUGGCAGGGAAGCCAAGAGCCGUAGAGACGGGGUUUCACCGUGUUGACCAGGAUAGUCUCGAUCUCUUGACCUCGUGAUCCACCUGCCUCGGCCUCCCAAAGUGCUGGGAUUACAGGCAUGAGCCACCGCGCCCGGCCUUGACUCCAUCUUAAAAGUGCAUCUAUCUGGAGUUCACCCACUUCUCACCACAUCAAUUACUGCAGCAGACUCCGUGUUCCUGCCUUUGCCCCAACAGUCUCACGCUGCACAGCAGCCAAAGAUGUUCUGUGAAAACCCAGGUGCUGCAAAUAGCCAGUUGUCAACCUCCCAACCGAGCCUCAGGCAUAAGGUGAAUGAGCAUGAACAAGAUGGCAACGAGCUUCAGACCACCCCUGAAUUCCGAGCCCACGUAGCCAAGAAGCUGGGAGCCCUGCUGGACAGCUUCAUUACCAUCUCAGAAGCAGCAAAGGAGCCAGCAAAAGCUAAGGUACAGAAAGUCGCUUUGGAGGAUGAUGGUUUCCGCCUUUUCUUCACAUCUGUCCCUGGAGGCCGUGAGAAGGAAGAGUCUCCCCAACCCCGCCGAAAGCGACAGCCCUCCAGCUCCAGCAGUGAGGACAGUGACGAGGAGUGGCGGCGGUGCCGGGAGGCAGCUGUGUCGGCGUCCGACAUCCUGCAGGAGUCAGCCAUCCACAGCCCUGGAACAGUGGAGAAGGAGGCAAAGAAGAAAAGGAAGUUGAAAAAGAAAGCCAAGAAGGUGGCCAGUGUCGACUCGGCUGUCGCUGCCACCACCCCCACCAGCAUGGCCACAGUCCAGAAGCAGAAGUCAGGUGAGCUCAACGGGGACCAGGUGUCGCUUGGGACCAAAAAGAAGAAAAAGGCAAAGAAGGCCAGCGAGACCUCUCCAUUCCCACCAGCAAAGAGUGCCACAGCUAUACCUGCAAACUGAACCCAGCCAUGGGCACAGGGCUCAGCCAGCUCCAAGGACAAGGUGUCCCCCCCACCCUGGGGACAAGGCAUUUCCAAGCCCCACCUCCCUCUCCAAGUUCAAGGACUGGGCUGGCAAACCCAGACUGCCCAUGAGACCCUGAUGGUGAUGAAGGCUUGCUCGAGAGUUGGGCCAAAAAAGUGGCUGUAGGGUGAGAAGACCAAUCAAGGCCUGCCCCUCUGUGCUCCCACGGAGGGCUGGCGGGGGCGCUGUGGUUCCAGAACAUUUCAUGACCUCAGGAAAAAAGGAACCUUCCAGUUAUUUGAGACUAGUGGCCAAGUGGUGAAACCUCCAUCUCCCUAGAACUGUCUGAGGUGGGCAGGGGAAGGGAGACCUUCCCCACCACCUCCUUAGCCUGGUGUGAGAAACAGUUUUUAGAAAAUGAGAGAAGGGAUCCCCAAGAGGCCAAGGCCCAGAGAAACUUUUGUUCUUCUCUCCUUAGCCCACGUAGACUUCACAGAAUCGUCUGAGAAAGGAGAGCUUUUUCACCCCUGGCUUUCUAGAAUUUUCUUUGUCUGCAUUUGUGAAUAUACCACACAUGAUGGUGUCUCUGAGCCGACCAGAUUAUGGAAACUCAAUUGUCAGAGGACCCAAAACAAAACUUAGAGUGAUUUGGACAUUGCCUCUCUGUCAAUGCUGAACCUUAAGACAUUUUAAGUAAACAUGCUCCUCCUCUCUA